UUUUAAUAAAAUUUUCAUUUUUCAUAGUACCUUACAUGAAUAAAUUAAAACAAAAAAACUGAAAUGAAUUUACCUAAAAUUUUUAUCAAAAUUACAUAAUCUAAUUUACAAUUAAACAAGUAAACAAAAUUUACAUUUAAUCAAUAAUUAAAAUUAAAAAAAAAACAUUUAAUCAAUAAUGAAUAGUACUCUUAUUCCAGAUUAUUAUUAUUUCCCUCAGCAACAACAACAACUCCAACCCCAACCCCAACAACAACAACAACAAUUUACUAUCUCUAUUACAUUAUAUGAUCAUUUAUGUAAAUAUUUUCUUGUAUGGUAUUUACCAACAGUAAUAACACUUGGAUUUUUUGGAUCAAUAUUUUGUUUUAUAUUUUUAAUACAUUCAAAAAUGUUUACAUCUAAUUUAUUAAUAUGGUUAAUAAGUAUUUGUGUUAGUGAUUUUUUUAUAUUAUUAACAGAAGGUAUAUGGAUGUUAUUAAAAAUAUGGUAUAAAAUUGAUAUUAGAGAUUAUAAUAAUUGGUUAUGUAUAAUUCAUACAAGUUCAUCAAAUUAUUUAUUUUAUUGGUCAGCAUAUAUGCAAUGUAUAUUAUCAAUACAACGUUGUUAUCUUGUAUUGUAUCCAUUACAAGUUAAAUCAAAAUGGAUAUCUUUAUCAAAACUUAUCAUUUAUCAAAUAAUAAUAUCUAUUUUAUUGAUUAUACCAAUACUUCCAUAUCCAUUAUAUUGGCAAGUGAUUAAUAAUGAUUGUGAUCCAGUCAAUGAAAAGAUAUUUCGAUUGACAACUUUAUGUGAUUUAAUAUUUUGGGGAUUAAUACCAGUAUUUGUCAUGACUACAUGUACAGGAAUUAUUUGUCGUAAUUUAAUAACAAGAAAUAAGUUUGCAAAGAAAACUAUUCAAUCCAUUGUGAAAAUUAACCAACAUAGUAGCUAUUAUAAUUCAUUACAUCCUACAAAAAAUAUGAAUGAUUUAUGUAAAAGUAAUUAUCUAGAAGACUCUGAAAUACAUAUACAUAGUGAGAAGAAAUCAUGUCGUUCAGAAAGUUUAAUAUCAAAUCAAGAAAAUAUACCUACGACAAAUAGUCAUACAGUUCAUUCUAUGAAUGACUUUCGAACAACAACAACAGAGCUAAAUAAACGUAAAUAUAUCUCACAAGAUAGUCAUACACAUAUAACACCAUUAUUACUAUGCAUGAAUUUUGUUUAUAUGGCUAGUGUUUGUCCGUUACUUAUUUAUUUUUUAUAUUUAAAUUUCAUUGUAGAUAGUAUUGAUAAUAAUAUGCAUAAAUUUCUAUACUACUUAUUUCGUAGUUUUUGCCUAUUGAGUACAUGUACUAAUUGGAUAUUUUAUUGUGUUGCUGGUAAAAAAUUUCGUGAUCGUACAAAACAAUUAUUAUUAUCAUUAUGUAAUUCUAAUAAAAUUUCAUUAGUUAUCAAUGAAAAUGGUUUCUUAAUUAUUAAAUAUACUGAUAAGCAUAGAUAUUCAGUUUCGAACAUAGCAAGAACCAAAGGAUUAUCAUCACCUAGUAAUUAAACAAUUCAAAUGUAAUCAGUUAAUUAUAUUUCAAAUCUAAACAAAUGUUCAUGUUACUUAAUACCUAUAAAGCCUUGGAUACUAAUAAUGAAUGAUGUCAAAGAUUUUUUUUCCUUACAACAAACAAUUGAAAUAAGCUUUUUGUGAUUCAUUUUAUAAAAAAAAAUAAUUGUAUCUCUUUUUGUUCAUUUAUUUAGUUGUUAUGAUAUCUGUUGCCGUGGCUUCCUCUUUUUAAAUGAUAUCAUUAUUGAAAACCUUUGUCAAUUAUUUCAUGUUUACAUUUAUAUUAUUUCAGUAACAGAAUAACUUAUUCUUUUAUAAAAUUACAUUUCAUAUUGUUGUCAUCAGUUUAGUUAAAAUAUAAAUUCAUCAAAAUAGUCAUAUCAAACAUUAUUGUUGAAGAGGAUAGAUACAAACAAGUUAAACGAAGAAGUUGUAGAUAUCUUCUUUUCUAAUCUAUUUUGUAAGUAUCCAAAUGAGUAAUUUGAAAAUUCUUGCUCUAAACAACAAAUUGUAAAUAUUUCUAUAAUAAAAUAUUCAAUAAAAAAAAAUAAAAGUAAACUUACGAACAGGUAGAGUGGUUCAUGGGUAUUGCUCUUGGUUUAGCAUUAUAUUAACAAUAGUAAUAUAUCGCUUCAACAAAAUAUUUCAUUGGAGAUUUCAAUUUUAAUAUAAAAUUGACAGUGGUAUUUUUUCAAUACAGUUGAGGAGCGGAGGUACUGUGAUGUGGGUUACUUGCAUCCACAUAAGUAGUAUAUUACGAUGGCACGGCAUUGAAUGUAUUUCAGUGGAAGAUCCACAAGGAAAGAACGGGAACGAAGCGCAGUUGGUAUGAAUAUGCAUGAACAAUAAUAAUCGGAG